GAGGCAGGCUGUGAAGUGCAGAUGUCGGGCUCGCUACCCUUCGACUGCAAUGCGGCCCUCAACAACUUCUACAGGGCUUGGGCCCCGGCGAAGAAGCACUGGUGCUGCACCAAGCAGGGAAAGGGCUGCGAGGGCCACCACCCGCCUUCCGUCGAUGCCGGCUACGGCAUGGUCUGGAAGCGCGUCCAGGUGAACGGCUACUGGACCUGGACGGCAGUGCACGGCCACGGCCACGCCAGCCUUCCCUACGACUGCCACGCCGGCCUUUCCAACUGGCAUACCGGCUGGUCCCCGGGCAAGAAGGGCUGGUGCUGCGCCAACGGACACGCUGGAUGCGAAGGAUCAGCCCUCUCCGGAGGAGGUGCGGCAGGAGGAGGCAGCGUCGUCCUCCACCACGUUGUCCACCACGGUGGUGGCUUUUACAACCACGCGCAUCCCCCGUCCGCUGCGGGCAACGGCAUGAUGUGGAGCUGGAGCACCGCCGGAGGCGGAGGCGGACAUUGGGUGCAAGUCGGCACGCACGGGCACCUGCCCUUCGACUGCUUGGCACCUCGCCUCAGAACUGCCAAGUGCCGGUGCCGGAGCAAUGCUCGCGCCGUGCAGCGCACCGAGGCCGGCGUCACCAACUGGCACGCGGGCUGGUCCCAUCCCAAGCAGGCGCCUGGGGCUGUCGUGGCUGUCGUGGCUGCUAGUGGGCCUAACGGGCUUGACGAUCAAGCUGCGACCCUGGGGCCACAGGUCUGGUGCUGCAACCACUUCGGCAACUCCUGCGCCUGA